GGAAAAAAAAUAAUGACCAACGAAAGAGAUUAGAUCUGCCACCAAAGGUGGCUUCUGGCUCUUCUCGCACGAAGUAAAAACAUAGAAAUACAAAUCUAUACAUAUAUACAAGAAUCGUUCUGUUCCCUUCUUCUCCUGCGCCGUGGGUGUUGUGUACUUCGUUUUCCUCUCGCUGCGCAGCAACACACAAAUAUAUAUAUAUACAUUAUCGAGCUGUAUAAUCUGAGGGUUCAUGUCUCUUCCCUAUGCCCCGGUUGCGCUGGUCACCGGCGCCGCCAUUCGCAUCGGACGAGGCAUUGCCGAAGGCCUCCACGUUGAGGGCUAUUCCCUCUGCAUCCACUACCACAACUCCAAGGAGGAGGCCACAUCGCUCGCGGCGGUGCUCAACGCAAGGCGGGAGAACAGCGCUAUGACGCUGCAGGCCGACCUCAGCACUGUCACGCCGUCCACUGAAAAGCCAGCGGAUGCAGCGGCGCCUCUUUUUGUGCGCUGCGCAGCGCUGAUUGACGGCUGCUACGCGCACUGGGGCCGGUGCGAUGUCCUCGUGAACAACGCCUCCGCGUACUACCCCACCCCGCUGCUGACAGACGCGGCGAAGCACAAGGACACGGUGGCAGAGGAGUCGGCGGUGGAGACGGCCGCGUCCGAGCUGUUUGGCUCCAAUGCGAUAGCGCCGUACUACCUCACAAGGACAUUUGCGCAGCGGGUGGCGGACACGCCGGCGGAGCAGCGCGGCACGAACUACUCCAUUGUGAACCUGGUGGACGCCAUGGCGAAUCAGCCGCUGCUAGGCUUCACGGCGUACACGAUGGGCAAGGCGGCGCUGGAGGCGUUGACGCGAUCGGCGGCGCUCGAGCUGGCGCCGCUGGGUGUCCGUGUGAACGGCGUCGGCCCUGGGCUGUCUGUGCUGGCGGUAAAUAUGCCAGAGGAGGACCGAGUGCAGUACCGCAGCAAGGUACCGCUGCACCAUCGCGAGGCCUCAGCGAAGGAGAUUGGCGACACCGUUGUCUUUCUCUGCUCCGACAGGGCGAUGUACAUCACAGGGGCCACGAUAAACGUGGACGGCGGCUGGAGUCUCACACGCAGCUAG